CUGAAGUGCAUGGGGGUCGUGCGGAGUGCCGCCCAACACUUCCACCGGUCGAUGUCCAACAUGUCUACGCCCGUCAUGCCGAUCGUCCCAUCCAUCGUGAAAGCAGCCGUGCAUCCCAGCGCCGCUUCGUCGUUCUCCAUUGCCCAGUUGAACAUCUUGGCAAGCAACUUGGCCAAACCCGACAGGUUUCCAUACGUCCAGCCGACGGUGCUGGAGUGGACAACUCGCAAGGAGAUCCUGGUCCGGCAGCUGACGUCGUUGCAAGCCGACGUACUUUGCCUUGAAGAACUGAGUGACUACUGGACGUACUUUCGCCCGACCUUCCUCGAGCUCGGGUACGACAGUGUAUACGUGAAGCGACCGUCUGGCCACGUCUCGGAAUGGAGUGGCCAGAAGAAGUUGGAUGGGUGUGGUUUGUUCUUUCGGCAGUCCAAGUUUUCGCUCAAGGAAGUUGAGAGCGUCAACUUCUCGGACGAACACGACCGCGUGGCGCUGCUGGUGCUGCUCGAGGAGAUAGCCACGUCCGAGCUGGUUCUCGUUGGUACCACGCACUUGUGGUGGAACAGCGCAAAGGUCGACCACCAGCUGAAGCAACUGAUCGAGCUGAACCGCGAAAUGAACGACAUGGCGGAUGCCAUACACGCCAAAUACAGGCUUCCCGCCGGGCACACUGUCCCCGUACGUUGUCACGAUUGCACUCAACGCGAUGAACCUCGUGUUGGUGCAAACUAGGUUGUGGUAUGCGGCGACUUUAACAACUCCCCGUCGUCUCUGCUAUAUCGCUAUAUGGAGAACUCGUUUCUGAGACCGAAAUGCUCGAUGAAGAGCGCCUACGCCAACUAUUGCAUUGGAGACGGGUCAGCAUCCAGCGCAGAGCAAGUCGAGAGCGGCGGAAACGAGCCGCCCCACACGACCGUCAACUUUCGAAGGUGUUGGACCAUCGAUUAUAUCUGGUUCUCGUCCGAGCACUUGCGACCCGACUCGGUGCUCGAGAUUCCAUCGGAAGAGGCGCUGCGGAGUGAAGACGGGCCGGAAGGUUGGCAGGCAUCGCUCCCCAGCAAUGCGGCCACGAAUCAAAACGGCAUCCCAAACUCUGUCCACGGUAGCGACCACGUGCCUCUCUUAGCUACGUUUUCAUUCACAUAACCGAGCCAUCCAACUCUCGGCGCCUAUUGUGUCUGUAAAAACUCCAUCGCGGUCGCGAGCAAGUCGGCCUUCUUCCCCGCUGUGCUCAACCCAUGCUGCGAGAGAAAUCGUUUGAGCUCGACGACAGUCUUCUUGGCCAGCACCCCCGACGCCGCCAGCGUUUUGUACGUCUCGACACUGCAAUCCACGUCGUCGUCUUCCGUUUUGGU